AUGGACGUAGACGAUGCAUCUUCGCCGGGCAGUCUAAGCUCGCCCCCGCACUCGCCUGAGCAGGGCACUCCGACGUCGACCAUCCGCACUCCUGCAGGUGGUGUUGGUGUUGGAACUAGCACACCCACCCCUGCAACUGCAUCGCCAGCUCCACGCGGUCUUACUGCGAGCGGCCUUCCCCGUAAGAAGCCAGGUCCAAAACCAAAAGCAAAAGAUCCGAGUGCACCUGAGCCAGAGAAGAAGACUCGAAAGCCACGCAAGUCGGAGCCCAAGGACCCAAAUGUCGCGCCCGCCCAACGCAAGAGGAGGACAAAGGCAUCGCUGGAGGCACAGGCACAGCCAGUUGCACAAGUCGUCGACGAGAAACCGCCUGUGCAGCAAUCGCCUACACCACAGGCUGGACCCAGUGAACCCGUCCCUGUCUUGCAAUCCGAGCAGCCGCCUGUUGUCUCGCAACCUGCUCGCGUCUUGAGCAAUCCUGAACCAACCCUUCACAGCAACCCAAACCUUUCACACAUCAGCGUCACCCCCUCAACACCGCGGCCAUCUAGUUCAGGCCAACGAUAUGAUCCCAUCCGAGGUGACACCUUCGAGUCAAAGCCACAACCUCCAGCAAGCGCACCUCCGCCGCCCGUUUCACCCCCGAUCAACCAUCGAGCGAGUGCCUCGCCUUCCAUCACGAGUCUCAUCGAUCCGCCGUCUGCCAGCAACUCGUUCUACUCACAUCCUGCCAAGCUCCAGCAACAGGCAUCCAUCACAUCGGCACCCGUGUCACCUGCCGCCUUCUCCACGCGACCAGCCUCGGUCCUUCCUUCUCAAGACUACUCACCUCAGCUUCAACAACAGCAACCGCAGCCAUCUCUUCAAACUCAAGCCCAACCGUACCCUGCUACAUCAUCAGGACCGACUCCAAUGGACAUCGACACCGAGCCCAACAAGCCAACAUCCGUUCCCAUGGCAAAGGAGAAUUCGACAAACUCUGGUACACCCUCGCAGUCAAAUGCUCCUACCCCACCCACCAAAGCUGUUCGUCAAAAAGAGGCCCCACCCCCGUUGCCUACCGGAAGCGGCCUCUUGUCAGGAACGCCGUUUGGCCCGGUUGCAAACGCCAAUGGAGGAUCCGAGACACAAGGCACCAACAUAUACCUGACUUUUGAUCUCAAGGGACGCGAAAACGUCACCAUCAACUUCGCGCAAGAGGUCGAGAAGAAGUACGGUUUUGCUGCUCUGCAUCCUCGCAUUGCCGCUCGCAAGGAGCGUCAGCGCCAGAUUGCAGCUGCGGGUACCGCACUUGAGCGAGCCGCAGGUGGUGGCUCGAACGACGACCAAUCUGUCGACUUAUCAGAAAAUGAGAGCAAUGUCGAGAUGGGUGGCAUGGACGACGAGACCUCGGCCAAGGAGAAUGGAGGCAAGAAGCGACGCAAGCGCAAGCAAGAAGAUUAUGACAAAGAGGAUGACUUCAUCGACGACACUGAGCUGGCCUGGGAACAGCAAGCACUCAUGGCAAAGGAUGGGUUUUUCGUGUACAGUGGCCCACUCGUCACCGAGGAGAAGCCAACUGUAGAGAGGGCCGACGGCACUGUUCGACGUGGACGAGGACGUGGGCGUGGUGGUACUGUGCGAGGAGAGGCCUCAGGUCGCGGCAGAGGACGCGGCGGAGGUCCUGGCUCUCGUGGUGGUUCAACUGUCCGCAAGCCUCGCGUUACUAAGGCUGAUCGUGCGCAAAUGGAACAGGAGAAGGCAGCUCGAGAGUCUAUGGCUAAGACCUUGACCAACCUGUCUACUCACGCCGGCCAGGCUAGUGCUAUGUAG